CCGUUGAACUAUUUAAUAUAUUUGUGAGCAAUCCGGAGAAGCUGCUUUGUUAUCGGAAACAAUCAGCCAUGUCUACUCGUCCAUCGCCGGCGUUCUUCUCCGAUGAUCUCCUCGCCGUGAUCCUCUCGUUACUUCCUGUAAAAUCACUUCUUCGUUUCAAAUGUGUAAGUAAUCCUUGGAACACUCUCAUUUCCGAUCCCAAUUUUGUGAAAUUCCAUCUCAUGAAAUCAAAAUCACAAAAUCAAUACUUCACACUAAUAACUCAUCACCUAAAAAUUAUCAAGGGAAAUUCCCCUUAUGGUAGUGACGAUGAAGCUGAGAUUGAUUACAGUAUCAUUCCAUAUCCUAUACCUCGUUUACUCGAUAACCCGUCAUUUACGGUUGUUGCUGAUCCUCACUCUAUGUUGAAUGAAAAAGACUGCUCUGGUAUAGCUGGUUUCUGCAAUGGGUUGAUCUGUUUGACUGGUUAUCGUUUCAUUUAUGGUUCUGCUGAUACUGAAUGUUAUGAGUACUGGCUCCGUUUAUGGAACCCAGCUACUAGGAAAAUAUCUCCAAAAAUUGGUUGUUUUCGUGAUCUUCAUAGUUUCGUCUUCAAUUGUGGUUGUGAUAAUUCCACCGGAACUUUUAAAGUGGUUGCGUCACGUUACAUUCAUGAUCAUUUGAAAAGCGAGGUGAGAGUUUUCAGUUUAGGUGAUAAUGUUUGGAGAAAUAUUGAAAGUUUCCCGGCUGUUCCUCUUCGUUUGGAUUAUCAAGGAUUUGGGCAUACUGAUGUGUUUCUUAAUGGCACUCUUAACUGGUUGGCUGUUCACAACGACAUCCCGAUCACUUGGUUUGGUGAUCCGGCGGUGGAGGAUAUUACUGUUGAGCAGAUUGUUAUUGUUUCACUUGAUUUAGGGACUGAGUCAUACAAACAAUAUCGGUUGCCUCUGGGUUUUGAUGAGGUUCCGACUGAGGAGCCAACUGUUGGUGUGUUGAGGGACUGCCUUUGUUUUUCUUAUUGUUAUAAGAAAACCGAUUUUAUUAUAUGGCAGAUGAAGGAAUUUGGGGUUGAAGAGUCUUGGACUCAAUUUCUUAAAAUUAGUUAUCAUGAUCUUCAGUUGAACCAUGACUUUAGGGAUGAUACGCUGAAGUAUCAUCUUCGAUUCUUGCCAUUGUUUCUUUCUAAGGAUGGUGAUACACUGGUAUUGCGUAGUAGUCUUGAGAGGGAUGCAAUUCUCUAUAAUUGGAGAGAUAAUAGAGUGGAACGAACAAGAGUCACUGUGCAUAAAACAAGUAUUGAUGAUGGAACUAGAAGUAGUUUAUGUUGGAACUAUGCCAAGGGUUUUGUUGAAAGCUUAAUUUCGAUUUGCUGAAACUUGAAAAUGCUUCACAAUGAUGUGGGUUUCAGAACAAAUGCUGGACCGAGGAAAACAAUAAGAUGUCGGGGAAAUUACAAUGAAAGGGAAAAUCUAUGAUCAAGAUCAAUCGUUCUGUUUUUUAUUACAUGUUGGCAUGAAGGACCGAUCCUUCUCCCAUCAUAGGCUGAAUGUAUGUAUCUGGUUUUUUUUUCUUUUUUUCAAGUUACAAUGAAAUAAAAAGAAUCACAUUUUGUAGCAGCCAGACUACAACAAAACCCUCUUACAAGAAGGAUAAAAUGCUUCAAACCCUUUUUAUUUUGUAUAUUCAUUCUGUCGUGUACAAAAAUAAAUAAAGAAUAGAUGAUCAGAAUAAAUUAUCAUGUCUUCUUUCUCUCCUCUCCCUCUUUUGAA